GAAAUGCGUGUCGUACGCGUAUCGCGCGGCAGUCUCGAUCGUACGACUAGUCUGCUGCGGUUUAGAUAAACUAGCCAACUACGGUUCAGUGCAUCAAUAUGAAGACGGGGCCAAUACUGCAAUUGGCGUUACUUUUGAUGUUGGUGGCUGCACCGUCGGAAGAGUUUUUCUUUGAGUACCCUAAGAAAGCCCUGAUGGAGUUCUUCCAGUCGUUAAAGGCGAAGAAGCAGCCGCCUAAAAUGAACAUACAGCACUAUCACAUGCAUUAUUACCCAAUGCAAGUCCCUUUGUUAGCUUGGAAAGCACCAGAUAAACGGAAUCUCGACAAACUCUACAGCGAUAUCAUCAGAUCGUUUGGAUGGGCUAACUAUCAGCAUCAAUACGCACCCGAUCCUUCGCUGUUCAUAUCGUCGGGUUUUCAGCAGCUGUUAGAUGACUCCAGUUCUUGGGAUCAGGAUUUCCUAGCAUCCGAGGACACGGAAAUGUCCAUCGAUCGCAGUAUGAAAGGAAUACUGGUCCAAGUUCCUGUCAAUCAAAAUAUCGUGCUACAAUUGCUGAAAAAAUCGCAGAAGCAAAUGGCAACUUAAGCGUCAUCAGCACGAUGAGAUCGUCUUCAUACCAGAUACAUCUCCACCGAUGAUCAUGCGAUUUAUCAGCACCGCAUUACAUUUGUUUUUAUUUAAUAUUAGGCUAAGAACACUUGUGUGACGUACAAAUCUACUGUUGAUUUAUUAUUUAUUACAAGAAUAUGUUUGACAUUAGACUUUUCGGAACUGCGCCGAGAUUUUAUAUUUUUA